UAUGCCUAUAUUUAUACCAUUUAUACUGUGCGCUACAUAUAUAUAAGAAAUGUUUUUCUCAAAUUCGUGUAAACAAGUGCCUUAGGAAACACAGCUGCUUUUGGCAGUGCUAAAAAGUCACGUUUUCUGCUUUUAUACUUUGAAGUUAUAGCAGAAUGUAUGACAUAUGUCAUCCUGCAUAUUAUGAGCUAUGCAAAUUUGGCUGCAAUGAUGCAGUAAAAACCAGUAUUGCCUUUUAUGUUUACAUUGAGCUAUGUGAAGUAAAAUGUUUUUGGGAUGUCAAAUACAAUUACAAUGAGGAACUUAACCUAUUCUAUUUCGAAGUUAAGAAGAAACAAAAUUCUCCAUCGGAGAUCUAUAUACCUUGGGCAAGCAAAUAUAACAUUUCUCUUAGUAAAAUUGAGCAGAUACAAAAUGUGUUACAAAGUGAACGAUUAACAUUUAUCUUCAAAUCUGAAGAUAGUAGUAGUAUCAGCUACACAGUAACUAAAGGUCUCAUAAAGCCAGCAUCACCUGAAACAACAAAACAACGAAAGGAAAAGGAAGAAAAGAAAUAUGAAUUGGAGAUAGAAAUUCGUAAAAAUACAUCACAUUUAUAUGAGUUGGCAAAAAGUCUUUGCGAAAAUAAGGAUCAAAAUUGCAAUGAUAUGUCAGAGAGUUCUGGAGAAUCUGUUAAUACAGAUUCCACUGUAAAACUUAUAGAUAUUGAUAACAGUGCAGAAUAAAAAAAUAUGGAUUCUUAAAUAUCAUUUCAGUUGGAAAAGAGGAAAAAAGCAAAAACUUUUUUUCACAUUAUAUCACGUUGUAAAUACAAGAGUAGCUUCUAACAUAUCUGUGAUAGAUAUCAUUUCGUUUAUAAUAAGAUUCAUAAUAAACUAUAUGGGUGGCAAAAAUGUGUAUUAGAAACAA